AUGCUGCCGCGUAUCGAACCCGCGGCCGCGUCAAUCGAGCCGAACACGCUCGUCCGGCAGCGCGCGAUAGUGAGCGACGAGCCGGGCUUUUCCACUGGAAGACAGACACGACGAAAACGCUUCUACAACCCCGAAUAUUCUUUCGGCAAGAGCAGUCUUGUAUACCGGAUGAAAUUUGGCGAUAUGAAACAAAAGGCCGACACGAUCCUCGCAGCAAACCAAAAAGCUCACGAGGAGGCUCGGAUUCGAUCAGCGCAACGUUCCGUAGAGGCCCGGACUCUCGUCAGCAGCCUCGUUCAGAUCAGCGGCCUCGUUCAGAUCAGCGACCUCGUUCAGAUGAGCGACCUCGUUCAGAUCAGCGACCUCGUUCAGAUCAGCGACCUCGUUCAGAUCAGCAACCUCUUCUUGUUUGGCAAAUCGGUUGUCAGCGCUGCGUUGGCGAUGGGGAAGCGAAAAUUCUACCAUCUCUACGUCUUGGAGGGCGAGAAACGCGAACAGGAUCGCGAGUCCCUCAAAGGGCUUGUCAAGGCCAAGCGCGUCCCUGUCACCAUUGUCAAGGAGGAAGGGAAGGCGCUUAUGGAUAAAAUGAGCGGUGGCCGACCUCACAACGGCUACGUACUAGAGGCCUCGCCACUUCCUCAGUUGCCAGUUUCCUCCCUGGGCCCAUUAAUCGGUAACCCAUGGAAGCCCGCGUUUGCCGUCACGCUCGCCCGACAGUCAGCAGAAGAGGAGGCCAUCAAUGGAAGCAACGCAAUACUGCACUACCCAAACCGAAAGCACCAGAAGCCUUUGGUUCUAUUUUUAAACGAAGUUCUUGAUCCCGGAAACAUGGGCGGUCUGCUUCGGACUGCCCGGUUCCUGGGUGAUGCGAGGAAGGUCACCGUGGAGCAGGUGGAGGAGCAGAACCCGCUGAGCGAGGCCCCCUGUAUCCUCGUUCUCGGGAGCGAGGGCCAAGGCUUGCCUUGGGCGCUUCGGCGGGAAGCCGACUUUGAAGUCUCGGUGCCGGGUAUCACCUCCAAGACGUCUGUUGACUCUCUCAAUGUCAGUGUUGCUGGUGGUAUCCUUUGUAACGCUUUCCUUAAAAUGAGGCAACUCCAACGGGACUCGCCUGCCCCAUCAGCAGACGUUGAAGAAGCCCAAGAGGGCGAGAGCGCAAGCGAUGCAGGCGAAAAGAAGCCGACUGCGGCGGGUGGAGAAGAGGAAGGUCUCUUUUAG